UGCAGCUGCACUGCCUGUGACAGCGCCGACAGAGUCGGAAUGAACGCGCCGAGUAAUUGUCAGGAUGGAUGAGGGAGGUUUUGGGUCAGUGGGCUGUGGAAUAACGCCGCGCCGCGCUGCCGCGUCCGGAUUCCGAGAUGGUGGCGCGUCCGCGCACCGGGACACCGGCAGAAAAAUGACACCCCGGCGUCUGCAUUCGCACGACCAUCAUCGGCGUCAGGACGGACCGACGGCGGAGUAGAGAGAGAGAGAGGAGAGGUCGCUGUCAUGGAGAAACAAAGCAGAGUCAAGGAGGACACGAAGGAGGAGAAGCGCAAAGAGAGGAAAACCAAGUCCGGGAAGCUUUUCCGAAAGAAAUCGCUCAAGUCCGUGGGAAGCUUCGUGAACAGAAUCAUGAAAACUUUGGGCACUUUCACCCACUUCGGGGACGGGGACGCGCAGGACGCGGAGGACGACGACGGCGGGUUCGGAGACGGCGCACCUUGCACCCUCACCGCCAGCUCGGGGAUGAUCAGGGAGGACACGCCGCCGGCGGCGGCGGUUUGGGACCGGGCGGCGAAGCACCCGCAGAGCACGUCUUCGUCUCUGUGCGCCGGCAGAGAGAAGCUGCUGUACCAGUAUGGAGACAAAGUCCCGGGCGUGCUGGGGCUGAAGAACCACGGGAACACCUGCUUCCUGAACGCGGUGGUCCAGUGUCUGAGCAACACCGACCUGCUGGCGGAGUAUCUGGGGCUGGAGCGCUACAAGAUGGACCUGAGGAAGGGCAGAGGCACCGGGCCGGGGGCUGAGGAGAGGCGGCCGGUGAAGGGAGAAGUUACGGAGCAGCUGGCGGGUCUGGUGAGGGCUCUGUGGACUCUGGAGUACACCCCGCUGCUCUCGGUGAACUUCAAGACGGUCGUGUCCAAGUACGGAUCCCAGUUUCGUGGCAACUCCCAGCACGACGCCCUGGAAUUCCUCCUGUGGCUGUUGGACCGCGUCCACGAAGACGUCAUACUGGCGUCGCACAACAACAACAAGACCAAAGCUCCUGAGAAGGGUCCCGGUGGAGCUGACGAGGUGCCGUGUACCGACCCGAUCCCGUCCCAGCAGCCCAGGGCCCAGCACAGCUUCGUCCAGGAGCACUUCCAGGCUCAGUACAAAUCUUCCCUGACGUGUCCCCACUGCCUGAAACAGAGCAACACCUUUGACCCUUUCCUCUGCAUCUCGUUACCCAUCCCUCUCCGCCAGACGAGGCUGCUGUGCGUCACUCUGGUGUUCAGCACCAAAGGCCAGCGGUACCUGCGGGUCGGCAUGGCCGUGCCUCUGUUCGGCUCCGUGGCCUGCCUCAGGAGGAUGGUGGCGGACGAGGGCAAGCUCUCCCCAGACCAGGUGAUCCUCACAGAGGUGUACUCCACCGGGUUCCACCGCUCCUUCUUUGACGAGGACGACCUGACGUGCAUCGCCGAGAACGACGUCAUCUACGCCUUUCAGGCGCCCCCGCUCUACAUCAGAGGGGGCUCUGCGCGCAUCUCAGGGUAUCAUCACAGCCUGCCGUCAUCUCCUUACUCCUCCGGGCCUGAGGGUCAAAGGUUACCUUCAUCUGGAGCCUUAUCAUCAGAGUUCCUCAACCACGGUGUCCCAGUCAAGAUCCUGCUGCUGGUGUGCAAUGGUGCUGGAACAGGCCAGCAGACUGUAAGGUUUGGGCCGCCAUUCCUAAUGAGGGAGGACCGGUCUAUUUCCUGGGACCAGCUCCAGCAGAGCAUCCUCAGCAAGCUGUACUACCUGAUGAUCAACGGCGCUCACGCCCAGAAUAUCAGAGUGCUUUUCAACAUCCGCGUGGUGGGAGGAUCCACGUUUCACAACUACCUGUCGCCUCAGGACGGCAGACCGCUGCACCACCCCGCCGUCGACAGGGCCCUGAAGCUGUGCGGCUCUGGAGGGCCUCCUCACGUGAAGCUCAUCAUCGAGUGGGAGCACAGAGUCAAAGACUGUCUGUUCGGUAACAUCCACGAAGAAGUGGUGAAGGACGGCGACAGCGUACGAAACCUGCAGCAGCAGCACGUCCAGCAGUUCAGCUGCACCUUGGACGAGUGCUUCCAGCUCUACACCAAAGAGGAACAGCUCGCCCCAGAUGACGCCUGGAAGUGCCCGUACUGCAAGCAGCUCCAGCAGGGCAUGGUGAAGAUGAGUUUGUGGACCCUGCCGGACAUCCUCAUCCUCCACCUGAAGCGGUUCAGGCAGGUGGGCGAGCAGCGGAACAAGCUCACCACCUUCGUGCAUUUCCCCCUGGCGGGACUGGACAUGACCCCCCACAUGGUGAGCCGCAACAACGGCCCCCACCACGGCCCCCUUCAGCCGGGCUGGAAGCACUGCAGGCGGCCUGACCUGGCUCCUCCAGACUUCCUGUACAAUCUCUACGCCGUCUGUAACCACCAUGGAGGGAUGCACGGCGGUCACUACACAGCCUUUUGUCGAAACUCGGUCGACGGUCAGUGGUACAGUUACGACGACAGCACCGUUGAGCCUGUCCCGGAGGCCGAGGUCUGCACACGAGGAGCUUACAUCCUCUUCUACCAGAAAAGAAGCACCAUCCCUCCCUGGUCUGCCAGUUCCUCCCUCACUGGUUCCACCAGUUCAUCCACCUCUGACCACUGGCUGGUCCGGCUGAACGGGGAAAGCGGUGGCAGCGUUGUCUCGGGGGUUCCCAGUCCGGCUCUUUCGGAACCGGGAUUUGCUCCGGAGUCUCCUGAGUUGCCGGUGUUUGGAGACGAACCCAACAGAGGAGUGGAAGGAAAUGGCUCCAAUCAGAUGAUGCGAGGUACCAAGGUUAGAAGCUUAAGCAUGAGGUCACCUGCCAAGCCCAAGGACGCCCUGAACAAAGUUCUUCCACUGCGUUGGUCUUUUGGGUCCAAAGACCGCAUCAAGCACCCGGCACAAGUCCAGUCUGGAGAGUUGGUGGAGUACCUGGAGUCUGGACGCCGGCCCAGAUGCACCAAAGACCCUAUCAUCACACUGGUGGCCACUCCGCCACAGAGGAGAGUCCUUGACGUGGGACAGGACUGCAGCUCACCCAGCGGCAGCAGUCUCAGCUGUACGGACAGGCUCAGCUGUGACGCUUGUUACUCUCCCAAAAUCCCAGAGGGGCAAAGGCGAGCCUGUCUGGAAAGAAACGCAGGCCAAGCAUCUGAUAACGACGAAAACCUCCGUUCAAGAGAUGAUGAUGGUUUGAGGCAAGGAUCUUUAUCUAAGAGACUGAGAACUGACCAGGUCAGGGCUCUGGACUUCUACCUGCACAGAGGGGGCAUUCUGGGUGGCCAUAUAAGCCACAGUGCUCCUCCGAGCAGAGAGUCUACGCUUAGAAGAACCACCGUUCAGGCGACUGGCCUCACCAGGGCCCAAAAAGACUUAUCACAGACGAUGGAAGGCAGGAGGAACCCAACAGGAGAUGAGGGUCAGAGCCAAGAAAAUCUCUUGUCGUUUUUCAAGCCGGUUUUGAUGAACAAAGACAUUCCUAGGUCCCCAGGCAAAGAACAAGUGAGACAAAUGAAUGGCCAUGAACAUCUAGGGAAACUGGCGAGCAGUAAUUUAGCCAAGCUGUCGCUUUCCAAUGGGACUCUUCCAGCACCAGGCAGCAGCGUUCCCACCUGCGAUGGCCACAGCUGCAAAACCCACCCGGUCAAUGGAAAAGCUGUUAAUCAGGAGCCUGUGGACAUCCAGCGGGCUCACAGCUCCAGCAACAUCCAGACCAAGCUGGAUUUCACGUUUCGCAGAUGUGCCUCCCUCCAGAGGAAUGGGGAGGUGGGGAUCCCUCAGGCGCACCGUGUCCUGCUGUCAGACAAGCCUGGCUACUCCACGCUGCAGCGGACGCGGUACAGCACCACCUCCCUGGUGCCCAUGUGACAGCCAAGAAUGACGGCCAAACAAAAGGACCUCUCGCCUGGUUUCCCAGCAGGGCCCCCAGAGAAGCGCCCUCUGCUGGAGGCAUUGCUUACAGCAAACGACAUCUCUAUUUUAUUUUUUUUAGGCCCGAGCAGCAAAGCGCUGCGAAGGCCUAUUGUAU